AUGUAUUACACUGUGGCACAUGUUACGGGUCUUUUGGGGGGUUAUAAAUUAUCAGUAGCACGAAAAUGGGAUGUUACUAGCAAACUAACAGGUCGUGAAAUUCCCGCCACAGGUGGUGGUUUUUUUUACGGUGGUAAAGAUUACGGCGCGCCACUUCGUACAAAUGCAGUUCGACAUUAUUAUACCCUAAAACGAUAUUUAUUAUUUGAACGCUAUGAACAAAUGAAUAAUAAUCGGAUAAUAAUUCCUGUAUCAAAUUCAACGGUAAAAGCACCACUUCCAAAUUGUUUAUUGACCGUCCGAAAUGUUGCUGAUUUAGACGAGAAUGUGAAAUUUAUUUUUGAACGAACAGCGGGAUAUGACACUGAUAGUUUUGCACUGGCUGCGGGUGUCUUAAACCGAUCAAAAUUAUCCAUUAUUUUAAAUAUAUACGAUGAAAUGUAAAAUGAAAUCAUCAUUCACGAUGCAGCAAUCAGACUACGUAAAGCUGUUAAAGGGACACGUUUGUAUGUGUUACAGGGUAAAGCAUCAACCGUUGAAGAACGUGCUGCGGAUAAAAUUUGUCCACCACCGCAGUUAAAUCCAGGUUACGCGCCAAAUCCCAAAAUACAAAGGGUUGGUAAAAUACAACCCAGAGUUCCUAAACAACCACAGCAAAGCGGUCCGCGUGCCGCUGCUAUAGCUCCGGAAAUUUUAAAAAUAAUCUAUGGGUAG